AUGCCGAAUUCAUAUCGAAGGAAUGAAAAUGGGCUGCGAGAAACUAAGCCCAAGCUCCCGACCUUGCCGCCUUUAGUGACAGGUCAUCGAAUGCAAACUCCAGAAAGAUCACGAAGGGAGAGGGAUGACGAACGAGUUGCCAUUGGAUGGUCACAAGUAAACGAAAGCAAAUUUUCGCCCCGUAUCUCGGACAGUGCUAUCUCCUCCGGUGGCCAGCUCACUGCGUCUCAAUCAGGAUCCGGAAAGAGACAUACAAGGCGGCCACCACCACCGAUGUCGGUAGGCGCUGUGGAAGCAGGCAGCUUAAAAUUUCCAGUGGAUUACACAAGCCCCAGUUCUUUGGGACAUUUGAAAACGCCAAUGACCCCACAAAGUUAUAAAUCACCUUUCAUUGGUGAGGAAGAGCUGGAGGUUUCGGGCGGAAGUUCGAGCACUCCUACAAAAGUAAUCAGGUCCCCAUUCGUCGGAGAUACGAGUGUGCUGGUACCACGAAAAUAUGGGAGUCACGACUCCCAGUGGAUUGUGGGAACAACGGGCGGAAAUUUUCCCACCCGUGCAACUGCUGGCGAAAGUGAAUAUUCCGAUGUUGACUUGAUGCAUACCCUCAAGGAACUACCUCCUUUACCUCCGAUGUCUCAAGAGAGUAGACAGAGAUUGAAUUUUGGGUUGUACACGGCGUCAACAGAGCCGACCUCAGUGUCAUUGGAUGCCAAUGCCACCCAAGAUCGGUACGAGCAACUGCACAAGCCGUUCCGCCCUUUUACUGACCAGUCACGUCAGAGCAGUGGUAACCGAGCAAUUUCUGAUAGCAUCAGCAGUUAUUAUUCCAACUCAAAUUAUGCGUUCAACGACGAAAUUUUACAACAUCGAAGUUUCGAAUCCGUUGCCGGAAACAGGCCUCUCCAACAAGUACCAAGCGUUACGGUGCCAAUGCAACCCUUCAACAUUGAUCAGCUUGACGAAAAUAAGCUUUUUCAGUGCUAUAGCGUCUAUAUGUUGUCAGACGUCUACGAAUGGCUUUUGAAAGUAUAUUUUGAGUGGUUUAAUGAAUGCGUUUUUCGAAAAUUCGAGUUGUACCAAAUGGUUCAACUACUUCUGGAGUUCCAAUUACCAACAAGCUGUGAUCAAGAUGUGAUCGAUUCUAACGUGGACAAAAUCAUGGAAUCCCUAGUAUUACAGGGCGCAGUGCGUUUUGAAGCUGCCGUUACUCAAGAUACUUCUAAUGAUGAAAUUACAUUCAUUGUAGCGGGAUUAUCAGUUCAGGGUGUCUUUACUAACCUAAUUCCUUGUUAUUCUCACGAGACAAAGCAUUCUUCAGCUAAACAGCAUGUUACUUGCUAUUCCCCAAGGUGUUCAUUCAAGUCGAUGAAGCAGUCCCGACCUGUACUUAAGCUAUCUGAAAUCAUAAACAAAUCGGUUGGUCUUUGGAGCGAGUACUGGAAACUCUCCCCGGAGGAGCUGUCAGAAAUAAACCCUCGGGAGGUAAGCCGACAAAGUUUCAUAUUUGAUUUGAUUAUUUUGGAAGAACGGUCACUCAACUUGGCCCAUGCUGCAAUAGAAAUAUAUGGGCGACGCUUUGAUCCAUCGCUUCUUCCAAACGAUCCCAAUUUUAAAAAGCUAGCAUUUGAUCUAUUCGAGCCUAUGAUAGACCUUCAUAAGGAACUUUUACUAACUCCUAUAUUUUGGAAGCUUUCAUCUCAAGGGAAAUUUAUUGACGGCGUUGGAAAGAUCUACUUACAAUGGUGCAAUGCUGCAAAAGACCUUUACAUCCAAUACGCCGAAUCUAUGGCUACUGUGCAUGAAGUUAUCAAUUGGGAAAAGGAACAAGGGACGGUUUUUGCUCAGUGGCUCAAAAAAAUUGACGACUCACCUGAAAUAUUUAGGUCGAAGCUAUAUCACGACGUCAUCUUUUUUGGAGGCUUUUUUAAAGCUCUACAGAACAUUCCUGUGACAUUAAACUCCAUUUUGAAAAGCUCAGAUCCAUCAAUGGAGGAUUAUGAAUAUCUUAAACUUGCGAUUAGGGAAGUCGAAAAAUUGAAUGCCACUGUCGAUCGCGUUCAUGGUGCUGCCGUUGACCAGAGACGAGUGAUUCGGUUUGCGCGACAACUGAGCCUGAGCUCAGGGUCAAAUAGUAGUACGGUGGGAUAUGUAAAUAUCAAUGAGGGAGGAAAACAGCAUUCUUCGACACAAGAGAAAUUGGACUUGGGAUUGAAUCAAAAAUCUAGAAAAAUUAUUAAGGCUGGAACUGUUUUCAAGAAAAGAGAUUUAUGGUUAGAAAAUACUCAAAUAUUUCUUGUUCUCCUUGAUAACUACCUACUUAUAACAGAGGUAGUGGCGAAGAACACAGACAUAAAAUAUAGGCUAUCUGAGAGGCCUAUCCCAAUUGACUAUCUGAGCUUAGAAGCCAAAGAUGAACUUUCUCUACCACGAUUUUCGUCUUCCAAGACGGACACUCAAACCCCUUCUCUGCUAAGCAUUCAAAACGCCUCAGAAAGUACAGUGGGCUCUGUUAAAGCGAAAACUAGCGGGUCUAGUUCUCCUACUUUCAAAGGACAUUCACCACGUAGGCCGAUACCCACGCAGUUAUCAAGCCCUGUCAUACAGAUAAGGAACGAAUGGUCAGAUCAUCAGGAAUCAUCUGCCUCUUUCAAGAUAAGGAAUACUGCUACUAACGAAUCAUUUACAUUCUCAACUCAUAGCGUCGAGGAGCGAGACUCUUGGGUAAGUACCUUAGUCGCUUGUUUCAAGUCACAUCAUGCGAACAAGAAAGAAAUUUACGCCCUAACGUGUCUCACGGAUAAGUUCAGUUAUGAGGAGGGGCAAGCACCCACCAAUCUGCCCAUUCUACACGAAGGAAGUUCUAUCGCCCUGGCUCUUGAAACCUACUAUAACGUGGAGGAAAAGCCGGGGUACCCCAUACAAACAGACGUCAGGUGCACGGUUCGAUUGCACUUCGAGGGAAAGGACUUUAUCUUAUGCGCUGUCGGUCUUGGCGUCUACAUGACAAUAUAUGGAGGUCAACAUCAGUGGAAGAAGAUCUUAGCUCUGUCAAAAGUGACCCGCAUGGAGAUAAACAUACGACUAAAUGUUCUAUUCGUUUUGGCAGACCGCAGACUCUGCUAUUUUAAUAUCCCGAGUAUAAUGUGCGCUUACUAUAGUGCCAAGAAUUACCUUCCGGACGUUCAGGUUACAGGUAUCCUUCUUCAGGAAAAGGUGGGAUUUUUUACGAUGGCUGAAGAUUUUGGUAACCUACGGCAGCUGUUUUACGAGCGGAAAGGGACUAUUGUGGUAUUAACACCUGAAUUUAACAGGCUUACGAAGCAUCUCAAGUUUUUCAAGCUGUACAAGGAAUACAAACUUCCGAGCUUGACAAACGGAUUGCUCUCUGCAGACGUCAAGGACAUUGUUGUUUUCUCAAAAAGCUUCAUCGUCUGUUCUGCGAAGGGUGCAAUACUUUUUGGUGAUUCUUUCAACGAUGAAGGACUGUUUCUACCAAGUUUUAGUAAGGACACGUCAGUAAAUGCCCACAAGCACCAUUUCCCGCACCACUCGUUCAGAACGCAGAAAGAUGCUUUAUCCAAAAACGAUUCCUCUAAACAAAAAAUGGCUGGAUACGUCAAGACUGACAUAGCUAAUUCCAAAACUGCUUGUUUGAGUUGUUUUCAACUUAGCGACAAUGAUUUCAUUAUGAUAUAUGACGAGGCAGUCAUCAGAAUCAACAAAAAUGCCGAAAUACCAAAUUGGACAUCGGACAUAUUGGUACUAGAUUUUCACUGCUUGUCCGCAGCUUUCACGGAGGAAUUUCUGAUCUUGUUUGGUGAGAACCUUGUUCAGAUCUACGAUCUCAACUACGCCGGCACAAUCUUGAACACCAAGCUUAGCAGAUUGACACCGGUCCAAAUUAUCAAAGGUAAAAAAAUUCGGCAUCUCAGCUCUGAUCGGUCCGAACAAAAUCCUGCUGUAGUUUUGAGUCAUCCCACCAUCGCAGGACGUCAGUUAGUCUUAGAGUUCUGUCGAGAUGUUUAA